AUGGAGAAGCCUGUCGAAGAGUCGAUGGAGAAGUGUCGCCAAGCAUACGACACCUACAGGUCUCAGAUUCCUUGGUUGAGUCUCACUGAGUCGGGCCUUGGCUGCCGCAUUUGCAUGGCUUUUGAAACCAAGCGCAAAAAGUCAGGUCUAGCAAGCGGAACCUUUGUGCCGGGGCGGUACCUGUACAAAAGAACAUUUCUGAGCCACGAGACCUCGUGUCGCGUGCAUGGGGAAGCCUUGGCCUGUGAAAGUAGCAGCGGUCUUGCACCACAGGAAUGUGAAAUCUCCAGAGCAGGGGCAGCAGGGAAUGUCCCAAGCACGCCGACGGCUGCUGGGGGAAAUAGCAGCACGUCGGUGGAGGCUUCUCCAACGAAAAGCUCGAAAACAGGUUCGGACCAACGGAGUCCGAGCAAGAGCCCGUUCAAGGUCCAGCCUUUCCUACCCCACGUGCUGGCAGGCUACACUGUCUGUCAACGUGGGUGGUCAAGUUCAGUGUUCUCAGAAAUGAUAGAGUUUGGGCAGAUGUUGACAGACGAUGUUUCGGGUGGACACGAUGGUCCAGAAAUCCUAUCUCAAAUCCGAGACAUGAUCUGGCAAGAGUUGCGGGUAGAUGUGAUGCAAAAGUUGAGCCAGAGCCCAGCUCUUUGCGUGUCUAUAGAUGAAAAGGAUGCGAAGUUGGUGGUUCUGCUCACGUACUUGGACGUCAGCGCAGAACGGCGAGAGACCAUUCCUGUCGCCUAUCACAUGCUACCAGGUCUGGAAGCGUCUGAUGUUGCGGACGUAGUGAAGCAGGUCUUACAGCAGUGGGGCGUGUGCACAAAGAGAUUGGUGGCGAUGGCUGCGGAUGGGGCAUCCUUGAAUGGAACCAUGAGGAGCAUGGAAAACAUUAGCGGAAAGAAUGUCGCAGCGGAGCUGCGGAAGUGGGUGGAGCAUCCUCUCGUAACGAUUCACUGUGCUGCUCAUCGACUCAACCUGGCAGUUUCUGCUGCGUACAAAGGAGAGUCAUUGCACAGCCUUGAGAGUGUGAUUUCCACAUUGUUCCGGCAUGUGAAGCAGCAUCCAGCGUGUCAGAUAGACCUUCAAUUUUGGAGCGAAGUCACAUCAGAGCCACUCCUGAGUUCUUUGGCGGUUGCCAAAACUAGAUGGCUGAGCCAGUUAGCUCCAAUGAAGAAGUUGUACAGGUCCUUCAAUGCUGUCUUGGCUCACCUCCACUAUGCUUUCUCGCAUCACUGCGAGAAGGAAAGCAAGAAGACUGUGAGAUGGAUGUUUUUGCUACUGUGCUCAUGGCCGACAAAGGUGUUGUUGGCAGCCGUCGUUGACAUCCUUUCCCUUUGCAGUGCCUGCAAAAACUCGUUAGAAGGUGACAUUUCUUUGGAUGAAGUUGCGACCAGUGUGAGCAGGUUGAAAUGUGAACUGGCCCGGUAUUGUGAGAAAGAAUCUGUCAGCGCCUAUGCCUUGGCAACAGAUUCAGGGGAAGUAGCUGCUGGGAAAAGCAAGAUUGAAGAGUGCUGCGCUGAGUAUCGGGCAAUGCGGGGGUCCAAGCUUCGGCUUCGAUACGAUGUUACUGGUGGCAGUUCCAAGGAAUACUGGUGCGAAAUGAAGGAUUUGGGGUCACCUGCCGAUAUCAGAGAACUUUUUCGGACAAUACGUUCCUUCGCGGAACAGACGAUGGAGAACUUGGUGGUGCGGUUUGGUGAUGUGCCUUUGGUGCUGGCUCACCAAAUCUUUUCUCCGCGAUGGUCCUUCAAACAGCCAGAGCUGGUGGAAAGCGCCAAAGCACUUGCAACAUUUUGGAAGGUGGAUGAGCAGGUGCUGGUGAGUCAGCUUCGAGCAGCCUUUGCCAUUCGGGACUCCUUGAUCUCAGAGGACAGCACUCUCAAGACGGCAAGAUCCAAGGAGGUGUGGCUUCGAGUCUUGUCCCACAUGACCAGCAGUGAAUCCGAUGCCGUGGCACGUGACAUCAUCGCCUCGUUCCUGGUUAUUCAACCACAGAGUGCUGCAUGUGAGCGCGCUUUCGCAACUGUUGAGGAGUACAAGAAGCACUUGGGAUGCGAUUCCACGGCGCCACUCUUGCAACAACAGUUGUUGAUCGGGGCAUGCGCAAGGCCUGUCAAGGAAGCCAGGGCCAGCGGCUUCAUCAAACGGGUCCUGGGCAGGUUCAGCGCCACAGAGCGACGGACGGCUUUGCGCCGGAGGCGUGCUCCAAGGAGCGACAAGGGGAAGCCUCGGCCAAACUACAAACGCAAGAAGCGUGUCGCUCAGCUCACACAGUCCAACAAGGCCAGACUUCUUGUGCGAAGUGGGGAUGCUUCUGUACAGAUGGUGGCAGCUGACAAUGUGCAGCUUUCCGAGAUUUAUGCGGAGUUGUCUCCGCCUAAGAAAAAAAAGAAAGAUGGACUGCCGGAUCCCUGA